AGAGACAUAACAGUGUGAUUUAAAAGCGAAUUUCAUUUGGGUUAGACGCACAUUUCGACGGGUUUUUAUUCAUAUUCACCCAUUUUGAACCCAAAGGGCGGGCAGCUGAGAUCGGAGGCUCAUUUUUUUCUUCGGCGAAUUCCCAAUUCAAGGUAUUAAGAGAUGGCCGACGGCGAAGAUAUUCAACCACUCGUCUGUGACAAUGGGACAGGAAUGGUUAAGGCUGGAUUUGCUGGAGAUGAUGCUCCAAGGGCUGUGUUUCCCAGCAUUGUUGGUCGGCCUCGUCAUACUGGUGUGAUGGUUGGGAUGGGCCAAAAAGAUGCAUAUGUUGGGGAUGAAGCACAGUCUAAGCGUGGUAUCUUAACAUUGAAAUACCCAAUUGAGCAUGGUAUUGUGAGCAAUUGGGAUGAUAUGGAAAAGAUUUGGCAUCACACUUUCUACAAUGAAUUGCGUGUGGCCCCAGAAGAACACCCAGUUUUACUCACUGAAGCACCUCUCAACCCUAAGGCUAACCGUGAGAAAAUGACCCAAAUCAUGUUUGAGACAUUCAACACUCCUGCUAUGUAUGUUGCUAUACAGGCUGUUUUGUCCCUUUAUGCUAGUGGUCGUACAACUGGUAUUGUUCUGGACUCUGGAGAUGGUGUCAGCCACACUGUUCCAAUUUAUGAGGGGUAUGCCCUCCCACAUGCUAUCCUUCGACUUGACUUGGCAGGUCGUGACCUGACUGAUGCCCUUAUGAAAAUCUUGACUGAGCGUGGUUAUUCCUUCACCACCACAGCUGAGCGUGAAAUUGUAAGGGAUAUGAAGGAAAAACUGGCUUACAUUGCCCUUGACUAUGAACAAGAGCUUGAAACUUCCAAGACAAGUUCUUCGGUUGAGAAGAGCUACGAGUUGCCUGAUGGACAGGUGAUCACCAUUGGCGCUGAACGUUUCCGUUGUCCAGAAGUCCUCUUCCAGCCAUCCAUGAUCGGAAUGGAAGCUGCUGGAAUUCACGAGACCACAUACAACUCCAUCAUGAAGUGUGAUGUUGAUAUUAGGAAAGAUCUAUAUGGAAACAUCGUCCUCAGUGGUGGAUCUACUAUGUUCCCAGGCAUUGCUGACAGAAUGAGCAAGGAAAUUACUGCUUUGGCACCUAGCAGCAUGAAAAUCAAAGUGGUUGCUCCACCUGAGAGAAAGUACAGUGUCUGGAUCGGUGGCUCCAUCCUUGCAUCCCUCAGCACUUUCCAGCAGAUGUGGAUCGCCAAGGCAGAGUAUGAUGAAUCUGGUCCGUCAAUUGUACACAGGAAGUGCUUCUAGUUAUGUGACAUGGAGCAGUGGAAGUGUAAUUUCCUGUUUGUCGGAUAUGUUUCUCUCAAAAUUUUCGUGUCUUAUGUUUCGAAUAAUGAACUAAAAGUCUUUGGAGGUCAUGGCAGAGAGAUUUUAUUCUUUUAUCAUUGUUUUUUUUUUCUUAUUAGCCUGUGUUUGAACAUGGAAUUUUGUUCAGUGCUUAGCAAAACCUCUCUGCAUUUUAUUGUUGUUGAUUAUAUGUGUUCCCUUUCGACUUUCAUUCCAUUGUAGUAGAUAUUAUUAUUAUCAUUAUUAUUUGGCUUUUACAUUA